AUUUAUUGCUACUUUCUGUGAUCAGAUGUUGAUUGAAAGCAUCAUCACAAUUAUUUUGUCACUAUUUCGGAAAUCUGACAAGUUCUGUGCAGACAAAAGAACCAUUUAGACACCACAUUUUUCAAACUAUUGUCUAAAUAGUGCAUCCAUUUCACUGCCGUUCAGCACCAUCAAAAACGUUUGAGAGUGAAGAGUUUCCAAAAAAUUAUGAGAAAAAUUUAUUUUCUGUGUUGGGAUUGAUACCGCAUUCCAAAGUCAUCUGAUGAUACUUUUCAGGGAUCAAGAAAAAUAGGUCGCUUUUGAUCUUUUGAACUUUGAUCUGAACCAAUUUAACAAGAUAAAGAAGUAAAUCUGUCUUGCGACUUGGUACGGAAGCGAUACAAACACAGUAAAAUUAAAUAAACAGUGACCAUUCCACAGACGAGGACAUAGUGAAUUUCUACAGAGUUACUGAAUAUUCCGUUAUUUUUAUGCCAAAAAACCGCACAACAAUGAUCAAUCGGUUCAAGAGUGCUCUGAUAAAUGCCGUAAGUAAUACGGGACUGGAUGCAUCCGUGGUGGGGCUGAGUGGGAGUGGUAGCAGCUCGUCGUCGUCAUCAUCAUCGUCAAGAAAUCAGAGGGAGGAAGGGGAAGAAGGACAUCGUAGUCGCAAAGGAAGUCGGGGAGGAAGUCAUGGUCUCGAAAAUGGCGAAGGUGUAAGGAUCAAACGACACGAAUAUUCGAGACCACAUUUUCUUCAGUUAAAUUCCACGGACGAAAUCACGGUCACGGCGGAUCAUGGCGUUCGCCCUAUAAUUGUUCCCAGGGACUUGUCAUUUAUACCGUGGGAGUCUGGUUAUGCGGAAACUAUAAAUUCGGGGAAGUCAAAGCUAAACGAAGACCAAGCCAGGGUACAUUAUGCUCACAUACGGGUCGAAAUACCAAUCGAGAAUGGAAAUGCGUCUGAAAUGAAUGGUCAGAAGGAGCAGAAUGGGAGUGGGCUUCCACGAAAGGAGAUUCUUAUCCCAUAUUAUUUCUUUGCAUUAUUUGAUGGUCAUGCCGGAGCUGGAGCGGCAGUUGCAGCAGCAGCACAGCUUCAUAAUAUUUUGAAUGAUAAAUUGCACGAAGUUGGAGUUCAUCUAGUCCAAGAUGGUCCUUUUUGUGAGUCGGUGGGUGGAAAGUCAAAGAAAGGUGUUUACUGGUAUCCUCAAGUCAGCGUGACCAAAGAUUCUUUAAUUGUGGGGGCUUUAGAGGCAGCAUUUUAUCAGAUGGAUGAAACUAUUCGGGAAGAUAACUUAAAAUAUGACGGUGUUAAUGGUGGUUGUACAGCGGUACUCUGUCUGUUUAUACUCGGGAAAGUAUACACAGCCAAUGCCGGAGAUUCCAGAGCAAUAUAUUGUAUGAGAAAUUCUGAUCCUGUGCCUUUAUCACAAGAUUUUACUCCAGAAACGGAACGGACUCGUGUGCGAUUAUUGGCUGCCCAGCGUCCGGAACUAUUGGGAAAUGAUUUUACCUCCAACGAGUACCUUCGUCGACCAGUGAAGAAAGAUGUUGGUACGAAAAUUAUGUACCGUGCGGCACACAUGACGGGCUGGGCGUAUAAGACUGCUUCCCUUGAUGAUCUGAAAUUCCCAGUUGUAUUUGGGCAUGGGAAAAGAAGUCGUGUGUUGGCCACUAUAGGUGUCACCCGAGGUUUUGGAGAUCAUGAGUUGUAUGCUCACAGUUCCAAUAUACGAAUAAAACCAUUCUUGUCAUCUCAGCCUGAAGUGAAGAUACUGGAUCUGACAGAUAAUCUAGACGAAGAUUCCGUUAUUUUGAUGGGGACCGAUGGUUUAUGGGAUGUGACUCUCAAUUCGACCGCUUCAAGAAUAGUGUUUUCCACUUUGGACCAAUUUCCUCCUUCGGAUAUAAAUCGAUACAAAUAUCGUUACGUCUCUGCCGCUCAAGAUCUGGUAAUGCAUGCAAGAGGGAAGUUCAAUGACAAGAAUUGGAAAAUGGGGGACGGUGCAGCUGCUACGAUUGACGACAUAUCCGUAUUUGUUAUCCCAAUCGGGCAAUAUCGCAGAGAAUGGGCCCAACAACAUUAUUCAGACGAUGACAUGGAAAAUUCAACUUUUGAGUCAUCCCUUGACGCUGUCAAUGCAAAUGGUCAUGAAGUCGCUAAAGAUGUGCUUGACACGGUGGAGAUCAGCACAGCUUCCCCAACUACAAGUGUUAAGGAUAAAGAAUCACUUUCUACUAAUUCACUAAAUGCUAACGUAAAUGCGAUGGAUGUACAGUUAGAAGUAGUAGAUGAAUCUAAUCACUAAUCAAAAAUAAUAAUUCUCUGUAGUAUCUCUCAUCUAACUCACAUUCUGAUUUAUGUAUGUAUGCAUUUUACAUUCAUUUUCCUCUAAUCCGAGUACAUUCCAUGCGUAGCCAUCCUUAAUAAUUUUUCUCAGUUCAAGUUGAUUAGUAUUUUGUAUGUUUAAUUUAUUUCGUACGAUAAAUCAAAAAGAAACGUAAUUUAUUAUUGUUACUAUUAUAUUACGACUCUCGGUAGCAGCAUAGCGAAUCUAGUUUCAGGUAUUGUAACUGUGAUAUAAUUUUUAAUAUAAUGACGAUCCCCUCGCCACCACUUUUGAAAUACCAACACAAAUAAACCAAAUCCUAUUUAUUAUAUUAAUUAAGUACCAAUUAAAAAUUGUAAGUUAUUGAAUUAGGUAAUAUAUAUGUAGAGACUUUUGGUUUUUGUUAUCGCCGAGAUCACGAAAUAAUUUAGAGAAGCAACCUAAUCGCAAUUUUUGUAAUAAAUGGUACCACAAAUGCUCAAAUUCA